AGCUGUUUGUGUGGACCGUCAGCUUACUAUUGCUGUUCUUUCUACAGGAAGGAAGAACUUCUGGAGAUAUCUCCCAAUAUUGACCCUGUUGCAAUUCUAGUGACAGAAAGAAAUCCCAGUGACUGUCUUGAAAUGGACAGCAGUGACCAGAACACAUUGACUGGAGAGGCUGUGCUAAGUUUUCAUAACAUCAGCUACCGAGAAACAGUGCGGCGUGGCUUUCUGUUUUGUAAUAAAACACGUGUGAUAGAAAGACUAUCAAAUAUCAGUGGAAUCAUGAAACCUGGCCUCAAUGCAAUUAUGGGACCGCAAGAUGGGAGUAGAUCUUGGUUAUUAGAUGUCUUAGCUGCAAGGGAAGAUCCACAAGGAUUAUCAGGAGAUAUUUUGAUAAAUGGAAAACCCCGACCUGCUAAUUUCAAAUGUACUUCCGGUUAUGUGCCAUGGAAUGACUUGGUGAUGCUCACGGUGACUGUGAGAGAAAACGUAGAGUUCUCAGCUGCUCUUCGACUGCCAAUGACUAUGACAAGAGAUGAAAAGAGAAGACGAGUUAAUGAGGUCCUUGAACUUCUGCAUCUAGAUAAAGAGUCAAAUGUUAAGCCCAGCUCUAUAGAGCUUGAGAAAAGGACCAGUAUAGCCAUGGAGCUGGUCACCGAGCAUCCCAUUUUGUUCUUGGAUGAUCCCACCACUGGCUUAGACUGGAGCACUUCUACUGAUGUCAUCUCGGUCCUGAGAAGGAUGUCUAUGAGGGGACGGACAAUCAUCUUCUCCAUUGAUCGGCCCCAGUACUCCAUCUUCAGACUGUUUGACAGCCUCACCUUAGUGGCCUCAGGAAAAGUCAUGUUUCACGGGCCUGCACAGGGGGCUUUGGAGUACUUCAAAUCUGCAGGUUACAACUAUGAUUCCGACAAUAACCCUGCAGACUUCUUCCUGGACAUCAUUAGUGGACAUCAUUUCUGUGCUCUAUUAGACACAGAGGAAGACGGCCAUGAAGCUGAUGAACAUAAAGAUCAUUCUGAGAUACAGCAACAAGUCACAGAAAAAUUAGCCAAUAUGUAUGCCCAGUCCUCCUUAUACUGCGAAAUGAGAACUGAACUGGAUUCACUCUUGGGGAAACAGAAGUCAGGGAGGAGCUCAGCCUUGGAGGAGAUCACGUGUGUCACCCCUUUCUGGCAUCAGCUUUGGUGGAUUAUUCGUCGCUCAUUCAAAAAUUGCCUGGGUUUUCCAUGGGUCACUAGGGUCCAGGCAUUUAUCAUAGUCAUAAUGCCCAUGAUUGUGGGUAUCACUUUCCGUGUCCUAAGAAAUGACUGUACUGAAGUCCAGACCAGAGCCGGCUUGUUGUUCUUCCUCACAGUCUUCCAGUGUAUUAUAAGUGUGAUUGCAGAGGCACUCUUCACGUUUGACAGUGAUGACUGGGAUCGCUUUCUACAUGAGCACACCAGUGGAUACUACAGAGUGUCAUCGUAUUUCGUUGGGAAAUUGCUGGCUCAGUUGGUACCCAGGAGGUUAUUGCCAAGUAUUUUAUUUACUGUUAUUGUAUUCAUAAUAGCAGGAGUAAACACAGAUGUGAAGGGUUUCUUCACUAUGAUAUUUACCAUCAUGGUGUUAGCUUCAUCUACCAGUUCCCUGCCACUGUCUAUAGGGGCAGGGCAGAUUGCAGGGGCUGUACCAACAAUACCUUUUGUGGCCAUCUACUUAAUGUUCAUGCUGUUUUUCUCAGGUCUGUCAGUAUUUUCAGGAAGUUUAAUUCCCGGGCUCUCAUGGAUUCAGUACAUUAACAUUCCUCAUUAUGGACUUACAGCUUUGCUGCACAGUGGACUCCUGGGACAAAAUUUCUGUCCAGAACACAAAACAGCAGAAGUCAGUAGAUGUCAGAACUUAGUAAUAUGCACUGGAGAAGAAUACAUGGCAAUCCAGGGCACCGACCUCUCAUCGUGGAGCGUCUGGGGGAAUCACGUGGCAUUAGCUUGUAUAACGAUUAUCCUCUUAUCAUUUACCUAUCUGAGGUUACUAGCUUUUAUGAAAAAGAGACAUUUGUUUUAAUCAGUUUUCCACUUUCUUUGAAUUAAACUGACUUUAAAAAAUUAAAACUUUACCGAUGUGUGACCAUGUCUGAGGAGCAGUAGGUAGCUCUUGAAUUUCAGGAGUUUGGCUCACCAGAAUCCAAGGCACUGAUGGGUGGAUCAUGGACAGGCAAGGCCCUAAGGGCUUUGGCUCCAGAAUCUCUGGCUACUGCUGUGCCUUUACAUUUUUGCUGCUGCCAUUUUUCUCUGGUAUUUGCCAUGGUGUGAGUGAGUUUAAGAAGAUUCCCAAUGUCUAUAAAGUAGUGCGAUUUUCUCAUGGAAAUAUUAUGGACUACAAGGCAGUUGAGUUGUACCUGUGGAUUAUAAUGAAGAUGAUUUCCUCAUAAACUGUAUUGUUUAGCUGAAGUAUUGAUUUUACAAUAAUAGUGGUAGUUCAAAUAGAAUUUUGAUGAUUGAGGGUUCUUACCAAAUAUGCUAAGGAAAUAUGAUAGAGGUUAGUUUAGUGUGAUAAUUAAUAUAGGUAAACAUAGGAAACAGUGUUGUCCACAGCCCCUAUACAGCAGGCACUGGAGAGGACAGGAAAUAGGAACAAGGAAUUGUCUUAAAACUAGAACUUAAGAGUUUCUCUUAGGAAGCACAUAGACUAUUGUUUAGGAUAAUAAUUAGGGAAAACAAUUGAGUUCCAGGAUUUAGCUCAAAUUCUUUUUGAUAUUGGGAAAUGUGUUCUCAAUAUUAGUGUGUACCAUAGCUGAAAGAAAGCUGUAAACAAUUGACUUCAUGUAGUAGAAAAUAAUGUUA